AUGGCGGAGCUCUACGUGAAGCCGGGUGAGGGGGCGCGGGUGGACUUCCGGGGGGAGCGGGAACGGGGAGCGGGACCGGGACACCCCCCCCCGGGCCUGACUGUGCCCUUGGCCGCCGCAGGGAACCAGGAGCGUGGCUGGAACGACCCCCCCCAGUUCUCCUACGGGCUGCAGGCGCAGGCCGGCGGGGCCAGGCGGACGCCCCUCACCCGCCGCCCCCUCCCGCCGCCCGCCGGGGCCCCCCCAGCGGAGCGCGGCCGGCCCAGCCCCGCCGCCGGCCCGGAGGAGGAGUGCGGCCUGCCCGCCGAGGCGGUCCUCGCCCCGCUGAGGGAGGCCCUGGCCGCCUGCCGCCCCGCCGUGCAGAAACAAGUAUGCGACGACAUCGCGCGGCGGCUGACGGUGCUGGGGGAUGCCUGGGCUCAGGGGAAGCUGUCGGCCCCGGUGAGGAAGAGGAUGAGCCUCCUGGUGCAAGAGCUGCAGCAGCGGCACUGGGAGGCAGCUGACGAGAUCCACCGCUCGCUCAUGGUGGACCAUGUGAACGAGGUGAGCCAGUGGCUGGUGGGUGUCAAGCGCCUGAUCGCCGAGUCGAGGAGCCUGCCUGCUGUGGAGCCGGCUGCAGCGGCGGAUGGCGGCUCUGAAGCCGAGCCUGGCCAAGAGGAUCCUUGA